AUGGACGAUGCGCAAUCGUCCGAAAGCGAUGAUCGCCUAAGCCAUGAAUCGACUGUGAAGCAGGAUAUGACGAUCGAGCAUGGCCAACCAGCUCCGGAUGGCGGAUAUGGCUGGGUGGUGGUGGCUUGCGUUUUCUGGUUGCAAGUCAAUACCUGGGGUAUCAAUGGGAGCUAUGGCAUCUUUUUGUCCUACUACAUGACCAACAAUGUCUUUCCUGGUACGACGUCCUUCGCCUACUCGAUGGUGGGCGGCUUAUCGAUAGGCUGCGCAUAUCUGAUGGCUCCAUUCACCGUCUACUUAAUUCGAAAACACGGCACUCAUGCCACCCUCAUCGGGGGCAUCAUCGUCCAAAGUGGAGGUCUAAUUGCCGCUUCUUACGCCACGACAAUGUGGCAGCUGUUCCUCGCUCAGGGAGUCUGCUUUGGAACCGGUAUGGGGGUCAUCUAUAUGACGUACCUGGGGAUUCCAGCACAGUGGUUUGAGCGCAAGCGAAGCAUUGCAAACGCCAUCCCCGCCGCCGGAGCUGGGACGGGUGGAAUCAUCUACUCGCUAGCGAUUCAGUCCAUGAUCGAGAACAUUGGGCUUGGCUGGACAUACCGCACCCUCGCGCUGGUUUCUCUCACAGCCAACCUGGUGAGUGCGGCGUUCCUGCGCGAUCGGCACAAGGCGACGGCGAGCAGACACACGGCAUUCAAAUUCCCCUUGCUAAAGCGGACGGAGUUCGUGCUGCUGCUGGGCUGGGCGAUCUUCAGCACGCUCGGGUUUGUCGCGAUCAACUUCAGCCUGCCGAACUUCGCCGUCUCGAUCGGGCUGUCGUCCCACCAGAGCAGUUUGGUCGGCGCGCUGCAUAACCUGGGCCAGGGGGUCGGGCGACCGCUUGUUGGGCUGCUGAGCGAUCGCCUGGGCCGGCUGAACGUCGCAACGGCGCUGUCAUUGGUGUGCGCGGGAUUCUGCUUCGCGAUCUGGCUCCCCGCCCAGAACAUGGCGGUGGUUUCGGUCUUCGCUACGAUCGGGGGCAUGGUGUCGGGUACCUUCUUCGCCACGGUGGCCCCGGUCAUUGUCGAGGUGAUUGGGCUGCAAGAUCUGCCCGGGGCGCUGAGCAUUCUUUGGAUUGUUCUGAUCUCGCCUGGGGCGUUUGGCGAGGCGAUCGCGCAGGCCCUACGGCGGCCGGCAUGGGGCCCGGCAGCCUACCAACAGGUGCAGGUGUUUUCGGGGAUGGUCUACAUUGCGGCGGCGCUGUGUCUCUGGUUUGUGCGAGGGUGGAAGGUCCAACAAAAUCAGCGGGAAGAAUGCGAGCAGGCGAGUCCACACAAGGAAUUGGCUGAUGUGGUGGUAUGUGCCAAAGGAGAAGAGGUGACAAGGGAGUCGGUCUGGAGGCAUCCCGUUAGGCUGGGACGUGAAAUGGUGCGUUGGUGUCGUGUGUGA